CCAGCUUCUUUUCUACUUCCCCUGUCGUUCUGUAGAAGAAAUUCAACACAUCCCCAUCCAUCACCAGAACUUAAAUUCAACCAAAUUUCACUCCUCUGAUCCCUACUAUCUCACGAAUUCAACCUCCGGAAUUCUAGGUUUUCUUUCUCACAGAUCUCAUCUCCAUUUAAUAAAAAUGGUUAAUUCCCCCUUGUCUGCAGUGAAAUAGAGGCAGAUUAGAUUUCUAGGGUUCGAUUGUGUUUUGGUUCGUCUCUGGACUGUGUCUGCCAUGCAGAAACUGGCACAGUCUACCGUCGGCACAACCGACAAGGGACCGGAGGUUGUAGUGUCUGAUCAGUUCCCUGCUGGGUUGAGGGUUCUCGUUGUUGACGAUGACGUUACGUGCUUGCGGAUUCUCGAACGGAUGCUUCUCAACUGCCUCUAUCACGUAACCCCUUGCACCCAGGCUACUGUUGCUUUAAGCCUUCUACGGGAGAGGAAGGGCUCUUUUGAUGUGGUGCUCAGUGAUGUGCAUAUGCCUGAUAUGGAUGGGUAUAAACUACUUGAACAUGUUGGGCUGGAAAUGGACCUUCCUGUUAUUAUGAUAUCUGCUGAUGGGAGAACAAGUGCAGUCAUGAAGGGAAUUAGACAUGGGGCUUGUGAUUAUUUAAUUAAGCCUAUACGUGAGGAGGAACUCAAGAAUAUAUGGCAACAUGUUGUUAGGAAAAAAUGGAAUGAGAAUAAAGAGCUAGAACACUCAGGAAGUUUAGAAGAUAAUGAUAGACACAAACUAGGAAAUGACGAUGCUGAAUAUGCUUCUUCUGUUACUGAAGGGACAGAAGGAGCAUUGAAGCAUCAUAAAAAAAGAACCAAUCCUAAAGACGAUGAUGAUGGAGAACUUGAAAAUGAUGAUCCAUCCACAUCAAAGAAGCCACGUGUAGUUUGGUCAGUUGAACUACAUCAGCAAUUUGUCAGUGCUGUAAACCAGCUUGGGAUUGAUAAGGCCGUGCCAAAGAGAAUUCUUGAGCUGAUGAAUGUACCUGGUUUAACUAGAGAAAAUGUUGCAAGCCAUUUGCAGAAAUUCAGACUAUAUUUGAAGAGAAUAAGUGGAGUGGCUCAACAAGGUGGAAUUUCUAAUACAUUUGGCCGGCCUGUCGAACCAAAUGGUAAAAUUAGUUCGCUUGGGAGAUUCGACAUUCAAGCAUUGGCUGCUUCUGGACAAAUUCCCCCACAAACAUUGUCAGCCCUACAUGCUGAGCUCUUAGGUAGACCAACAGGCAAUUUAGUUGCAGCAAUAGAGCAACCAGAUCUUCUUCAAGCAUCCCUUCAGGGGCCUAAGAGUAUUCCAGCGGACCAUGGAGUGGCUUUUGGUCAGGCUUUGGUAAAAUGCCAAUCUAACAUUGCCAAACACUUCCCACAAUCAAAUAUAUCUGUUGAAGAGAUUCCUUCAGGCUUUGGAGCUUGGCAAUCUAAUAGCAUUGGUGCAGUGGGUACUACAGGUAACCUCGGAGGGUUAAGUUCUCAUAAUAGUAACUUGCUGAUUGAAUUAGUGCAGCAGCAGCAACGACAACAGCAGCAGCAAUCUACUCUUCUUGAGCCUAGUCGUUCUAUUAGUGUUCAGCCAUCUUGCCUUGUAGUUCCCUCUCAUUCAUCCGCCAGUUUUCAAGCAGGAAAUAGUCCAGCUUCGGUAAAUCAGAACUCCAGCUUCACUGGGAUGGGUAUUAUUGAUUAUGGUUUUCUUUCAUCUCAAACAAGCAAUGGACAGUUGUCAAAUGGGAAUAUCAAAACUAAAGGUGUUAAUAAUGGGUAUGCAGCUCCUAGUCCUGUUUCUCCAUCUGUGUCAACUUGCUCGGUAAAUGCUGAAAGUUGCACCACUCAGCAAGUUCAAAACCAAAGCAUUGCUUUUAAACUUGUCGAUCAAUUUCCAGGACUUGUUCAAAAUAAUUGCAAUGCCCAGGUUUCCUAUGUUACUGCUAAGUCAAGUGAAGCAUUUGAUCAAGGACUGAUUGAGAAUCUUGGAUUUGUUGGUCAAGGAGCUAGCAUUCCAAGCAUAUUUGCAUUUGAUGAAUUUCAAUCAACAUUUAGCAGCUCAAACCAUGGAAAAAUGUUUGCUGAGAACAAUGUUAACAGAGUGAAGCGGGAACCAGAUAUGGAUUUCAUGGAUAAUGCAAAAGUGGGUAUGCCAAUGCUGUAGCAAUUUCCUCCAAAUGAUCUGAUGAGUGAUUUCACUUAAUAAUAGGGCUGGAUUGCAUUGUGUUGUGAGAAGCUGUCUUAUUUCCCAUGAGAAAUGUACAUAGCAAUCAAAAUAUUCAGAAGGUUCAAGUUAAAGUCUUAUUUUUAUUCCCAACCUGAUUCCUAGGUCCCUAAGCCAGACUCUGGAGCUCUGUGAAGCAUUCUCGAUGUCUGCUAUUCUGAAGAGCAGAAAUUUAGUUUCUUCUGUUAAUUGUAUAUCUUUGUAUUAUUGCCAGUGCAGGUUCUUGUGCGUAACCAAGUUUAUGUAUGUGCUAAUUAGCGAGUAGGAAAGAUAGGUUGUUUCGGAAAACUCCCAUCACGUUGAAAUUAUGUCGAACUCGCCAUCAUGUUUGUGUAUUAUUUAGGUGUAGUGCGACCAGUGAAGUUGGAAUUCUAAUUAAUUUAUCAGUUAUCACUCCAUUGACAUAAGUGUUAUAAUCAAUCCAAACCAAUCCA